CAGAGUUUAAGCUUUCUAACGCGUCAAUAAAAGCGGCCAAUUACAGCAUUCCUUCCUUCCUCGUCUACCCCGCGUGUACACGAGAACAGCCGUACAACGUUCAAUCUCCGAUCGAAACCUUAAAUAGCUCAUUCAAAUUUCCAGUACUUCUACCGAGAUAAUCGCACUCCAAAUUUCUCUCUCUCUCUCUCUCUCUCUCUCUCUCUCAUCCUAGUUUAAAUAAAACCCGCAAAGGGGAAUCCUCCCUUUUGUGCGAAUUUUCGAAUUCGCUCCGAAUUUGAGGGUCCCCAACGGAAGUUCGAUCUCUGGAUCAUCGUCCGAUGCCAGAGAUCGAACAUGAUUCUGGGGGCAAGGGCCUCCUGCAGCCCCUUCUCCGCGACACCGUCGCCAGGCCUCGGCCGGCGAAGGAUGCACUAUUCGAGAAAUACGAGGUGGGGAGGCUCCUCGGCUGCGGCGCCUUCGCCAAGGUCUACCACGCCCGGAAUAUCCACACCGGCCAGAGCGUCGCCGUGAAAGUCAUCAACAAGAAGAGGAUCGCCGGAAGCAGCCUCAUGUCGAACAUCAAGAGGGAAAUUUCUAUCAUGAGUCGCCUCCGGCACCCCCACAUCGUGAAGCUCUUCGAAGUCCUCGCCACCAAGACCAAAAUCUACUUCGUCAUGGAGUUCGUCAAAGGCGGCGAGCUCUUCGCGCGCGUCGCCAAAGGCCGGUUCAGCGAGGACCUCACCCGGAGGUACUUCCAGCAGCUGAUCUCCGCCGUCGGGUACUGCCACUCCCGCGGCGUCUUCCACCGGGAUCUGAAGCCGGAAAACCUCCUCCUCGACGAGCGCGGCGACCUCAAGGUCUCCGAUUUCGGACUCAGCGCCGUCUCUGAUCAGGUCCGGCAGGAUGGCCUCCUCCACACGCUCUGCGGCACCCCCGCGUACGUCGCGCCGGAGAUUCUCACCAAGAAGGGCUACGACGGCGCGAAGGCGGACGUGUGGUCGUGCGGCGUAAUCCUCUUCGUCCUCAACGCCGGCUACCUCCCCUUCAACGAUCCCAAUCUCAUGGUGAUGUACAAGAAAAUUUACAAAGGGGAUUUCAAGUGCCCUAGAUGGAUGUCCCCUGAUCUGAAGAGAUUCUUGUCGCGCCUCCUCGACACAAAUUCGGCGACGAGGAUGACCGUCGACGAGAUCCUCCGGGACCCCUGGUUCAGAAAAGGGUACAAAGAGGUGAAAUUCCACGAAGAGGAGGACAAGGACGUGAAAUUCCACGCGAAGGAGACGCCAUUGAAUGCUUUCGACAUUAUCUCAUUCUCGUCCGGGUUGGACCUGUCCGGUUUGUUCAAAGAAUCCAGCAGCUCGACCGGUGACGACGAGCGGUUCGUGUCGGCCGAACCGCCGGAGCAACUCGUCGAGAGAAUCGAAGAAUUGGGGAAGGCGGAGGGAUUGAGGACGAUGAAGAAGAAGGACUUGGGGCUGCAAAUGGAGGGGCCGGAUGGUAAUUUCGACGUCGUGUUUGAGGUUUACCGGCUGACCGAGACCCUGGCGGUGGUGGAGGUCAGGAGGAGUGGUGGCGACGCUGGGGCCUACGAUGUAACGUGGACCAAUCAGCUUAGGCCGAAGCUACAACAUCUGAUGCAUCAACGGGAAGAACAGGUUGCCGAUAGCUAAUCAAAUUCGACCACCGCGUCCGGCCGGGAGGGAGCUGGCGAGUGAGCUUGCUUAUCAUUAUUAUUAUUAUUAUUAUUAUUAUUACCUCAAUUCAAUUUCUAUUUGUGUGUACGGAAUAAGGACAGAGCCAGUCCAAAAUGAGUUGGGUUUUUCCUUUUUUUAUUUUUCUUUUUUUGGUUAAAGUUUUUCCACCGAUCCGCUCGUAAUUUUUUGUUUUACAAGUAUUACGGGCGGAGUCAUUGGCGGCGGCGGCGGCGGUGUUGUAUUUUGUACAUAAUAUAUAUUUUCAUUUUUGUGUAUAUAUGCAUUUGUAAAAUUUCUCUUCAA